CCUUUAUAUAGUGAACGCCAUUUGUAGUGUUUCUGUUUACAUUAUACAAUUUGUAUAUCGGAGAGGUAUUUUUGCUCGGGAAAAUGAGAAAGCCGUGUAGCAGUGUGUGUAAUGUCCAGAUUACGUGCAGUUGUUGUAAUAUUCAGUUCUCGUGUGUAUGUUCUCUUCAUAUACAUUUCAUAAAAGAUAAAAAUGUGCGUAAGUAUUUAAUUGAUGUAGGAUCUUGUAAAGCAGAAAUUGUAUCAAAACAAUACAUUGAAAUCGGAGAGGCUAACUCAGAAAUCACAGAAAGAUGUUUGGAUUUACACAAAGUGGAUGGAUCUACUGAUGAUGAUAAUUCUUUUGUUCCUGAUACUGUUUCGCCACUUGAAUACCGCGAUGAAUUAGAGAAAACUAGCAAAAACACCCGCGUGGUAAACCCGGAAGAAAUAUCUCGCAGUGUCAGCAGUAUCAAAGACCAUUUGUACAUUGAUAAUGUCGAUCAACAAGCAAAGCAUGACGCAGAUGAUGAAACUAUUUCAGAAGGUAAUGAAUGGCCAGCUUCCGCAGAGGGACAAUGUAAUGAAGAGUCCAGUUAUAAAGAUAGUCGCACAACAAAGAAAAUGAAGGACACAGAAGGACUGAAACGUGGUAAAUUGCUAUCGAGUAAUAUAAAGGUACCUUGUGAUAUAUGUGGUCACGUGUUUAAAAAGCGUAACCUUAAACGACAUAUGCAAAGUCACGCAACCACGAAGGAGUUUACAUGUGAAAUUUGUCAAAAGGUUUUCAGAACAGAAAGUAGCUUACAUGGACACCAACUACACCAUAGGACAAAGAAGGAUCUCAUUUGCCAUUUCUGUGGUAAACAAUUCAACAAUGGGCCAAAUCUCCGCCAGCACAUCAAAUCCCACACAAGAGAGAGAACGCUCAAAUGUCCGCUUUGUCCAAAGAUGUUCGGAAGUAAUUAUGUCCUUAAGGAUCACGUAUCAAGACAUUCAGGUGAAAAGCCCCACACGUGUACAAUAUGCAACCGUUCCUUCAGGAAACCACAGGAAGUGAAACGUCACAUGACAUUUCACUCGGAUGCGCGUGAUCACAUGUGCAGGAUUUGUGAGAAGAGGUUCAAGUCGAAAAGUAAUCUUGUCAAGCAUGAGAAAAUACAUGACAGAAAAAAGAAGACAAAGUCUGAAAUUUGACCUGGAUAUAUCGGGGCUUCCGAAACUGCUGCUGUAGCAAUAUCACUCCAAAAGUUGUUGGUCAUUAUAAUGAAUAUUGCAAUGCCCAUAGAUACAAGCCUGUAUUGGAGUCGGGCAUGUCCGCUCUACCGUCUGUAAUUCAUUUCCAGAGACACGCUGUGGGUUGUGGGCUGAUUCUGUGGGGGUAUAAAUAGGCUCCCACGAUUUCAGUCGUGGUCUCCAACUUCAAAAUUCGCACUUGCCA